AUGCAAGCGCACCAGAGGGUGAUCAAUGCACCACCUUUGGGUGUCGGUGCCCCCGCUCCGGCUGCUCGACUUCUUCGAUGGAGUCUCACGACUCGAAGGUCUUGGCGAUCGAAGUCUCGAAGGAAGUCUUUCGCAUCCGACUCCGUCGGCGCUGGUUUUUCCCUCGCAAGCGCAGCUCUUGUGCUGCGGCCUUUGCGCCGACAGCUCUUGCCAUGUUGCGCCUCCGCAGAGUGGGUGCAACCGAAGAAGCGGCAGCUGAGAGGCCCCAGCAAUCCCAAGAGGCAGCAAGGAAAGGGCCGCGCUCCCGCUCCGGCGUCGGAGGACAUUCUGCAGCUGCCGUGUUUUUCCAUGCGAGAUCCUUAUGCGUCGCUGUUGUUGCACGGUGUGAAGACGGUGGAAACGCGAAACCACCCCAUGCUCAGGGGAGUAGUCGGCCCCUGCCUUCUGCAUGUCGGCCACAAGACCAUGGAUGAGGGUGUCGCCUUGGAAUUUCUGUGGCGGCGGGGUCUGCUGGAAGACCAAGACCUGCAGCGAAUGCUGAAACCCCCGGAUGGUCUGAACCGCGGCCAGGUGCUGGGCUUGCUUGACCUCGAUGCCACGCGACAGUAUACUGCGGAUGAAUUGAGGUCACCCGCCGUUCAGAAUUCAGUGACGUCUGAGGCCGUGGGGAAGUGGGCUACGCCUGUCUUGAGCGCAUGGUGGCUCCAGACACCACUUCGCGAAAGAGGCCAGCCCGGUGUGUGGACGGUUCGUCUGCCCCGAUCUGCAAUCCCGGCAACGGCGAUGACGCUGUUCAGCCAGCCAACCAUCUCUGACGUGGAAUCAUUGCCGUUGCUCAUGGUGUUCGACCUGGACGGAGUCUGCUGGUCUCCCGAGAUGUAUCAGACCAAGGGGGGCGAACCCUACAGCCUCGUGGCCCAGGGCUUGGUCAAGAACUCGAGGGGUGAGGAGAUCCGGCUCUUCCCAGCGGUCCAGGCAGUUUGGAAGAUGCUUCACAGCCCAGAGGCCCGCUCACGCGGCGUGCGCGUGGCAGUGGCCAGUAGCUCCCGCAGGCACAAGGCGGUGCCUUUGCUGAAGACGAUGGAGAUUGUGCCCGGCGUGUCUAUGUGGGACGUGAUCGAUCCCAAGCUGUUCGAGAUGUACUACCGGCGCGGCGAGGGCAAACGGCCGCACUUGGAGGCACUGCUUUCGAAGUCUGCCGUUUCUCCCAGUGACGUCCUUUUCGUUGACGAUGCUGCAGAGAAUGUUCAAUCUGUAAGGUCCUUGGGUGUGCAAGCAGUGCACUUGCCACAGGGACUGACCCAAGCACAAACGAAGCUCACGUCCGAUCAGAACCUUGACAUCUUGAAGGCACUGAUGGAGGAAACGGACAUCAGGAUAGCAGAGGUCAAGCGAGAUGCUUACGAGUUCAGGCGAGACAUCGUCGUUGGUGCGGAGAACCCUCGCACUGGCAAGACCGUCGCAGAGAAGGUCCUCAAAUACAUGGAAGACAAGUUGACACAGAAGGCUGGUCGACUGCUCUGCCCCAGCUUAUUGCGAGCUGGCCAGUUUUCGGCCAGCUGA